AUGGAGUAUCUGUUACCUCUCUGCAAGCUAUGUCACAUCGAAACUCGGAGAUGGUUGUUUGUGGUGGGCGUAGUGGCUUUUACUUACGUACUAUUUCAAUCUCUUUUACUUCCUUAUGGAGAUGCUCUUCGGUCCCUACUUCCUGAUGAUGAGGUUCAAAAACAUGAUCAAUAUGACAUCCAGACAGUGCAUUCUUCAGCCAAAUUAACGAUGGUUCGCAACCCUCUUACGAUUCUGGAUUUGGCUAAUACUUCGACUCCCAUUGGGAACACUGAUAAUCAUAUUCUUGUGAAAGGAUUUCAACAUGGAAGCACGCCGAAUAGCAAAGGGAUGUUUGUAAAGGAGGAGGAGAGCCCUAGAGAUGGUUAUGAGCUAUCUCUUAAUAGAAAUGAUGACAUUGGUUUGGAAUCUGCAAAGACCGUUGAACCAAAUGACGAGGAAUCAGGAGGCACUACGAAUCGGGUGAAUGAUUCUAUUCUCCAGGUGGACGGGGAAUCAAGUUUUGACUUCAACUUAAAGCAGUUUGUGAAACCAAAUGAUACUAUCAUUUCAGGGAAUGAGUUUGAAGAAUUUGAUAAAAUUGAUAUGGAUUUUGGUGAGUUAGAAGAAUUUAAAGACUCGUCAUCACAGAAGCCUGAGGAUACAGAUACGACUUUCAAUUCUUCAACCUCCAUGCUACAGAUCCCAGCUUCACCUGUUAACGCAUCUCAUACAGAGUACUUGAUACCAAAUAUAAGCUCACCUGUUGGUGCUGUCAACCUGCUGAAUAAUCAGACAGUAUCAGAAACUGAUUCAAAACAAAUUGCUAAAAGGAAGAAGAUGAAGAGUGAAAUGCCACCAAAGUCCGUAACUUCAUUUCAAGAGAUGAACAGUAUUUUAUUGCGCCACCGCAGGUCAUCGCGUGCGAUGAGACCACGACGAUCCUCUUUGCGUGAUCAGGAAAUUUUUUCUGCCAGGUCGCAGAUUGAGCAAGCUGCAGCCAUAAAUGAUGCAGAACUAUAUGCUCCCUUGUUCCGUAAUGUUUCCAUGUUUAAAAGGAGUUAUGAACUCAUGGAGCGCACACUCAAAAUCUAUGUCUAUAGGGAUGGAAAUAAGCCCAUCUUUCAUCAACCAAUAAUGAAGGGGUUAUACGCCUCUGAAGGAUGGUUUAUGAAACUGAUGGAGGGAAACAAACGUUUUGUUGUAAAGGAUCCUCGAAAGGCUCACCUGUUUUAUAUGCCCUUUAGUUCUCGGAUGUUGGAGUACACACUCUAUGUGCGUAAUUCUCAUAACAGGACAAAUCUUCGUCAAUUUUUAAAGGAAUACUCAGAAAAGAUAGCAGCCAAAUAUCCAUACUGGAAUAGAACUGGUGGAGCAGAUCAUUUUCUUGUUGCAUGCCAUGAUUGGGUACACGUUCCUGAAAUUAUUGAUCUUCUCACUUUUUUUCCCCGUCCAAUUCCUUAUCAAAUUUGGACUCUAUUUAGAUCAGUGGUAUUAAGUUCUAGAUAUUCACGUGAGUUUGAUGAGAUUUACCAAGUCAUUCCAGUAACAUGCUUGUAA